AUGAUUUUGCUACCUCUUCUAUUUUUUCUAUUGUUUUUCAAUAGUUUUUCCGAUGGACAAAAUUCAACAACAUUCACUACAACAGCGAUUUCUGGAGUUAAAACGAAGGUAAGAUCAAAAAUACAAUAGAUGACAGAUUCAAUAAAUUGAUGUUUGAAGAUUCGAGUAGGAGUAUGUGCUGUGCAGACGAUUGAGCUUGAUGUGAUUGGAUGGCCGACUUCUGGAGGGGCUGUUAAUUUUGCGCUCAAACGACUUGCUGAAGAUGGUUAUAUCAGCAUGUUUGAUUUUGAGUAAGUUGACCGAUAAAUUUAACCUGAAUCAUUUUCUAUUCAUAUAAUCAGAUUUAUUAUUAACUAUACUGAAUGUGAUCGUGCUCUCGGAGUUCAAGUUGGUAUCGAAUUUAUGAGAACUCAAAAAGUGAAUGCUGUUGUGGGACCACCUUGUGCAGAUCGUAAGUUUACACGGUUUUUCUGGCAACAAAAAUAAGUUCAGCAAUGGAUAUUAUUGCGCCGAUGUCGACUUAUUACAAUGUUCCACUUCUUGGAUGGGGAAUGGUAACUGCUUCGAAAUAUACUGAUUCUACCAGAUAUCCCUAUUUGACUAACAUUGUUCCUAAUUCAUUGAGUAUGGGUUAUUCUCUCGUCAAAUUGUUGGAACUUAUGAGUUGGGAUCGUAUCGCUUUGCUUUACGAGGCAAGUGAUCAGGGUUAUCCGUUAUCAAUUAUGAAUGAUGUCGAAACUGCGUUGAAUGAUGUAAAUUCAUAUUCUUCGGAUGUUGUCGUAAAACAGGAACUUCCUUCUUCCGACACAAAUGAUUCCCAAUAUACCACUAUUUUGAAUAGAGUGAAAAGAUCUGCAAGAAGUAAGUUACAUCUUAUAAUUAAAAAUCGUAUGAGUUACAUCAGUUGUUGUAUCGAGUGUUAUCAGUGCAACAUCUAGACGAAAAUAUCUCAAAAUGAUGUUGAAUAAUGAUAUGGUUUCUUCGGAAUAUGUUCAUAUUAUGCUCUCAUUGAGAAGUGUCGGAUUCGGUAUAGUCUAUUCUCUUUCUGUAAAACUUAACUGAUUGCAAAUUUUAGGUAAACAAGCAACAAGUCAGACGAAAUGUGAGUUGAAUUGCUGUGAGUUUUGUGGUUUAAUUUUCCAAUUUUUCAUUUUUGCAUCUUACCCACUCGCACUGAUCAAUUUUUCUGUUCUCUAAUUCAGUGUCGAGUGGAUUGUCGCCUUUCUGGGAACUAGAUGUAGAUGAUGGUUAUAAUGCAAAGCUCAAAGAAGCUGCAAAAAGAGUAUUUGUGCUCGAUUUGUCGACCGAUGUGAUGGAUAAGACAUAUCUGAGUUCAUUCACUGCUAAUGAGACAUCCGAUAUUGUGAAUCCUCCGAUUUCUUGUCAAACAGCAGCUUGUCAGGCCGCUUCAUCAUCUGUUAGUUCUGAUUUCCUGAAUUUCAAAUAAUUUUUUUCGUAGACUCCAUCCGCAUUUGCCAGAAGUUUGCACGAUCUGAUUUAUCUUUAUGGAAUGGCACUUACUAAUGUUUAUAACAGUAAUCCGUCUGGUAUACACGAUGUUGAAACUAUGAUGACUGCUAUGCAAACUAAUUUCAACGGGCUAACAGGAGAAGUUCUCAUGAAUUCUAAUAAUACAAGAGUUCCGAAACUAAUGUUUUAUGGUUUGGACAAAAAUUAUGAUGAAACAUCUUACAUGAAUCUUACGUACUCUUUGAGUACUGGUGCGGUGGGAUGUUUGCAAGUUGAUAAACAGUGACAUAACACAUUGAUUUCAGAGCUUGUCGAAAGGUUUCUCGGAUGAAUCGGUAAUUUGGACAUGGUAUAGUGGAUCGAGACCAUUAGCAACUCCUGUUUGCGGAUUUUUGGGAACAAGUUGCCCACAAACUUUCAUGAGCCAAUAUGGUGCAUUGGUUAUAGCACUUGGUGCAGUUUUGGGUGCGGCUCUGAUUAUUAUACUUUGCUGUGGACUUAUCAUUUUAAGGUGAGAUAUACUAAUUGGAAAAAUACGAAUACGAAGUUUUGCAGACAACGGAAACUUGAGCAAGAUCGUAUAAAUGCUGAAUGGCAAAUACCAUACAUGAAACUUCAAAAGCCUCCGAAAAAAGACAAAGAACGUCAAAGUAAACGAUCACUUCAAUCUGGCCCUUCUACGAUAACUGAAACUAGCAAAUUCACAUUUGACAGUGAAUUCAGUAACUAUACUGUUUUUUAUUUGGAUAAGGAUGCUGUUUUAUCAACAAAACAUCCGGCUUCAACUCUUACAAAACAGGAAUAUGAUGUAUUUGUGAAGUUGAGAAAAUUGGAUCAUGAUAAUGUGAACAAGUUCAUUGGACUAUCAAUUGAUGGAGCUGAUUAUAUUGCGGUUUGGAAAAUGUGUAUGAGAGGAAGUUUACAGGUGAAAAUUUGGAAAUCAUAAUUUCUGAACGCUCAACAUUUUUCAGGACAUUAUUGUUCAAGGAAAUUUUUCAAUUGAUCCAUUUUUUAUGUUUUGUAUAAUUCGAGACAUUGCCGAAGGUUUGAAAUAUAUCCAUUCGAGUUUUUUGCACGUUCAUGGAAAUUUACGAUCUGCGACUUGUCUAGUUAAUGAAAGUUGGCAGGCAAAAAUAACCGAUUAUGGAAUUGGAUUUUUGAUGGAAGAAAAUAAGCCGAUGAAAAAAAGACAAAUGUGGCAUGCACCAGAAGUUUUGAGAGGUGGAUUGUUGCCACAUCAAAUCGAGAAACCAGCUGAUAUCUACUCGUUCGCAAUUAUCUGUUCUGAAAUUUUGACAAGAAAACCAGCUUGGAAUAUGGCUGAAAGAAAAGAAAGUGUGGACGAAUUAAUUUAUUUGGUGAAAAAAGGAGGACAUAAUCCGGUGAGACCGGAAUUAGAUCUUGAUGGCGUGGAAGUUAGUAAUAAUUUAUUGCACUUGGUAAGAGAUUGUUGGAACGAUGAACCACAGGAUAGGCCAACCGCCGACGCAAUCUCUAAUCUUCUAAGAAAUAUGAUGCCGAGGUAAAAGAGAAAACAAAAAUACUAGGAUUAGAAAUUAUAAUAGUACACUUACAGUAAGAAAACAAAUCUGAUGGAUCACGUAUUCAAUAUUCUCGAAGAGUACACAACAACAUUAGAAUUGGAAGUCGAAGAAAGAACUAAAGAAUUGUCAGCAGAAAAGAAAAAGGCUGAUGUUCUACUUGGAAGAAUGUUACCAAAGUUUGUUGUAAACUAUACACACGUUAGAAAAAAUUCAAUAUUUUUCAGACAAGUUGCCGAAAGAUUGAAGGCUGGUCAAACAGUUGAACCGGAAGGAUUUGAUUCCGUCACUGUCUUGUUUUCAGAUGUUGUAAAAUUCACACAACUUGCUGCAAAAUGUUCACCAUUCCAGGUAAGUUGAAUAAGUUUUCACAUGGAUAAACAAGAAAAUAUCUAGGUUGUUAAUUUGCUCAACGAUCUCUAUGGUAACUUUGACUCAAUUAUCGAAGAACACGGUGUUUAUAAGGUUGAAUCAAUUGGUGAUGGGUAUUUAUGUGUUUCAGGACUUCCAGCCAGAAAUGGAUUUCAGCAUAUAAAGUUAGUUCGAAACUUCAGAAAGUUCAAAUAUAGUCUAAAUGUUUCCAGACAAAUUGUUGAAUUGUCACUGGAUUUUAUGAGUUACUGCAAAUCAUUCAAAGUUCCACAUUUACCUAGAGAAAAAGUUGAGCUCCGAAUUGGUGUGAAUAGUGGACCAUGUGUUGCUGGUGUUGUUGGUUUGAGUAUGCCCAGAUAUUGUCUUUUUGGUGACACUGUUAAUACAGCAUCUCGUAUGGAAAGUAAUGGAAAAGCUUCACAUAUUCACAUGUCGGCAGCUGCACAUACUUUGUUGUUAACACAUUAUAGAAAUCAAUAUGAAACACAAUCAAGAGGUGAUGUGAUUAUAAAGGGAAAAGGUGUUAUGGAGACAUUUUGGGUGCAUGGGAGAACUGGAGAAUAUAUUGAAGAAGCUAAACAACAUCCACAAACUCCUCCCGAUUUAAAACCUGAACAAACUCCUCCAAUUAGGCAAAGAAGGCCAACAACACCAAGAGAUGGAUCGCCAACAAUGUCAAAAAGAUCUGUUAGUCCAAUUGUCGAAAGUAAUUUGAAGAAAAUCAAUGAUGAAUCAGAAGCAUUAUAUCGGCAAUUCAGAAGAAGUGAAACUCUUGCAUUAAUGUAA